AUGACAUCUGGUGAAAGAGCUGUGCGACAUCCUUCUGAGAGCAUCUACGUGGAUGUGCCGGAAAUACUUUCAUUACUGUCACUAAAGGAGCGCGUUGCGGAGGAAUUGACAAGGGUCACAGUGGACCGGCUUAAGUUGAUACUGGGGGGCAAGGUGCUCACAGAUGGGCCACUCAACCUCAAGGAAGGGGAUUGCAUCACAGCAAUGGUAGUCCCCAAGCCACCCCCUCAGCAAGCUGCCCCCCUCCACGUGCCCGCACCGACUCCGGCCGAGCCGGAUGAAGACGAAGACCUAAGGUUUCGACUCGCUCCGGAUGCACCACGGAUACAUCGGACAAUUGCAUGGUUCCUGCGGGAGAAGCUAAAGGCCCCUGAUUGGCUCCUCGUCGCGUUCUUCUCCGUCCACCUCCGGACGUGGGCGCUCCUCCUUUCCAUGUGCAUAUUCGGUCCGCUUCUUGCCCGGUGGGACCUGGGCCCUGUAUAUAUACUAGGAACUUGCUUUGCGAUCAUCCUUCUAAACCUUGGGACGCGGAAACCGGGCGAAGCGAGCGCAUACUCGGUCUUCAAUGACGGCUUCCAAGAGCUUCCUGGAACGCUGAACGCUGGUCAAUUAGAUGAUCAGAUAAGAAGAGGACAAUACUAGGGUACACUAAUGAGUUUCCUAGUACACUAAUGACUUUGAUGUCGUUCUGAAAUGAUAGUGGCCUGAAGUCAUUGCAGGCCGGCCUCCUAGGUGGGUCCGAGCAUUCUACGUCUAUGUCGAGAUGCCAAGAUGCAAAUCCUUUGCGGUUGUGCCGCCCUGUCCGACGGUGACCGCACGCUGAUAGUGUCACGGUAUGUAGUAUGCCUGAUCAUAUGCAGGUAUGAGACGUUGAUAACAUCAAGCAAGUUUGACGGACAUGCACGUACAUCGCCGGCCCUCACUGAUGAUAAAUCAACCAUUUCUGUG